AAAUCUAGAAAUCAUUUCUUUACAUUAAAACACAAAAAGUUGAACAGAAUGAAGUGGAUUGGCGCUGGCUCGGAGCAAAAUUUUGAGUUGAGAUCAGGUGAGAUUGCGGCUGAUCCUUUUUCUGGUUUGGAGGGGGUGUAGUAUCAAGUUGAAACAUGUCGCUCCGCCGAUUAGGAAGACUUACAAGAAUCGGGACGAAAGCCGGCCUGGCUGGAGGGACGAUUUACCUCUAUUACGAAACCGGCCUUUGGAAAGGGUCCGACGAGACGAUUCAAAAUUACGAAAAGUUUAAAAAAGAUGUCAAACUGUUGUACGAAUCCACGCCCAGCGAUGUCCAAAAGUGGGCAGAGUACGGAAAAUCCUCCCUCACCGAGAAUAUCGCUCCAUACAAGAAGUCCAUCGCCGACUUCCGAGAACAAUAUUUGUCCUUUGACCUCUCCUUCUUGACCGAAGAGGGCGACGGAGUGCUGAAACCGACCUGGAACAAGGGGGUAUCCUGGACGUUUGAAUCGCUCCCUGGCACGUUGAAAGGUUGGGGUUCCUCGGGGUGGAAAAUGGUGUCAGAUUUAGCAACAGAUAAGACCGCAGCGACUGGCGUCACAGCGACGGCGACGUCUCCAGCUCAGAAGCAAUAGAACUGAAUUUAAUUUCUGAAUUCGUAUCGUAGUGUCCUUUCAAAAUUCUGGGUAUUUUAUUUUCCUAGUCGAUCAAUAAAAUUAUAUGUAAGUUCCGAAC